AUGGCGAACUCUUCCUUUUCGAUAUAUUCAGACAACUGGACCCUGUCAGAACGACCUGUCUCAAACUUGAUCAAAUAUGGUCCCAGUGCCAGUGAUUCCAACUCAAGCCUGCUGAGUACAGAUCGAUUGGUAGAUCAGGUUGAGCAUGAAGAAACGCUGGCUAAGCGGUUUUCGCUUGACCACCUGCGGCAGUUGACCUCAAAGAUGGACACGAAACCUGUGGUAGAUUAUGACACAAUGUCAAUGGCACAGCGAAGUGUGGAAACGCUCAAUCGCGUGGACGAAAGUAUGCGGGCUGACAAUGUUAUGGUGACGCCCCGGUUGGUGAUGCAUCGCUACGCGUGGAACAUUGAGCAACAGGGCAGUAAAAGUCAUAAAAAUUUCCCAUUGGACAACGUUCCCAUCAAGUGCAAUAUACUGAUGACGCUUUCUGGCCUUUUGUCGGAGUACCAGAGCUCCGACAAGCAUGUGGCCUUGGAAAAUGUGACAAAAGUUCUGCAUUACUUGAAGAAACUUAUUCAAGCGUCGCAGCUAGAGCCUCCCGACCAAGGCGCCUCUAUGCGAGAGACCAAGGUUCUUGAUCAGCGGGCAAAUCUCCGGAAUGCAGCUCAUAGGAGCUCGGUCGUCUCUGAUAUUAACGAUUCCAGCAGAAGUUCCGAUACACCCUCUAGGAGACAGUCCAGCAGCACUGGAUUCGAACUUGCUGCUGUGCGUCAGAAUUCCAGACGCAUUAAUGAACAAUCUGGAGCGAGCAAAACCCGAAUUUUCAGCAAGUUCUUCUCUCCCAUUAAGAGCCGCGGCUCAGCCCAAAUGUCGCACACAGUGAGUGCAAGAAACCCUAAGAGUGCGCAGCCCGUGGAAAGCGAAAUUUAUGCACCUGUUGAUGGUAUCUCUGGUGCUAUACCUUCUCCCGAACUAUACUCGUUUCAGGCGCCUAAAGCGGACACAGGACAUCCCCAUAAGGCACAGGACCUGGCAUCUAUGCAAGACUAUAGAGAAAAAAUUUCUAUUCUGCGUGCAACAUUAGGAUCACUUCCACAAACUGAGCAGAAUAAUAUUGUUUUCCAUUUCGUUGAUGCCAGCAUCAAUCCAUUUAUUCUUAAGGACUGUCACUUGCUUGUCAAGCACUACAUUCAAGAGGAGGUUAUUUUCAGACUUUAG